UUGAAAGCUCCAGUCUGUUCUGACUUUUCUGCAGGGAUCUCUCCUUGGCUGGCUGCUGCCUUCUUGAUGGGCUCCUGUGCCAUGGCGCUGCAAGCUUGCAGCUUCCCUCGCCUGGCUUGGCCCAUUGAUAUCCAGAGCGUUUGCUUGCAGCCUGAGCCGGAAUUUGAUUUCCAAGAGUUUCGCGAUGCCGUGGAUAGCUUCAUAUCAGAUUCUUCCUCGCUGAUGCCUCCUCUGAUAGACUCUGAUGAUUUCUCUUUUCCUGUGGAUGAUGAUGGCCCAUUCAGCCCUUGCCUCCAGCAGCCUUCUCAGGUUGAUCCUGCUUCACAGACAAAUAGAGAAAACAUCUCUUCUACUGAGCAGUACUGGAAGGAUUUGGCCGAUCAUAACCAGAAAGCACUAGGGAAUGCACUUGUAGAAAACAAUCAGCUUCAAGUGACCCUGACCCAAAAGCAGGAAGAGAUUGCUUCCUUGAAAGAAAAUAAUAUCCAGCUGAAGGAACUGGCCAGCCAAGCAAAACAGCUUGCCUCUGUGCUGGAUAAGCUGAUGAUUCCCCAGUGCAAAGACAGCCCAGAUGUUUUGCUCACCAACGGCCCCAACAAGAGAAGCCUCCCGCAUGUUUCUGUUGCUGAGCAAGAAGGUGCCAUGGAAGUGAACGAAAUUUUGCGAGAGAUAUCCGACAAAUGCAAUGCAGCCCUGCAGUCCAUUGAGGACAGAAGCCCGAAGCGCCCUCGUGGGGAGAAUGAAGCCAUCCACAUGUAUGGAUCCUUCCAGGGAUUACAGACACGCAGCAGCCACAGCUCCCUGGACUUGAGUGGCAGCGAACUGGAGGAAGGGGUCUCUUUCAGGACAUCCAUCCAAGAGCAUUGUAAUAUCCGGACGCUGGCUUUUCCUCAAGGCAAUGCAUUUACUGUCAGGACAGCUACUGGGGGUUAUAAAUUCAGAUGGGUACCUAGCUGAUUUAAGGACCAAGCAAUCAGCUAACUACACUUGCCUCACUUUCCAGCUACUUCUUCCCAAAUCUCCACGAAUGCCUGGGAUAAGAGCUGCCAAGGCAUCUCAUGUUGUGUACUACUUAUUGACAAGUUACAGAUAAUUGGAUGAAAGCUAAAGCUUUAGAAAAAGAGCUGUCUGGCUUAGGAUCAUAAGAUGCUGCCUUAUGUUAUAUCAGCCCAUUGGUUCAUUUAAGACUCCCAUUGUCAGCUCCAACUGGCAACAAUUCCUUGGGAUUUCAAACAGGGGGUUUGGAGAUCCUAUGGAUUGAACCUGGCAACAUAUGCAGGCAGAGCAUGUAAUGGAAUGAGAUAACAGCAACAUUUUCUAUGUGGAGCUCUUUUUUCUGGUGGUUAAUGAGAAGAGAAUGAAUGUAUUAGUGGAGAAAACAAAGAAGGGGGGUAGCCUUUCUUAUAAGUCAUCUUGUUUUAAAUGUUUAUAUAGAUAUGACUCAGACUAUUUUAUUAUUAAAAUGGAUCAAAUUUUAAAUGGUACAGGUUUUUUGCUAUCUGUAUUCUAUUAAAAUAUUUUUAAAAUAUUAAUAUUAAUAUUAAUAUUUUUAAAAUAUAAAUCUGGGAGACUAAGAUGCUGCUCUAUGUCCAAUUGUAAUGAUACCAGAAAGUUUACAAAACUGUGCUAUGUACACUGUUGUGUGUUACACUUAUGCUAUUCUAUAAUAUUUGUGUGUACAGUUGUCCCUCCACAUUUGUGGGUUUAACUUUUAUAGAGUUGAUUAUUUGUGGGUUCAAUUAAUAUCUUCUUCUGGAAAUUUCUAGGUCCUCCAAGGCUCUUCUAUGACCAACUUCCUCCAACCAGAAGUUGACCAUAGAGCCAUGCUGGAUGACUUAGAGAUUCAUAGAAAGUGUUUGCUUAGAUUUAAAAAAUGUUUUUUAAAAUUGGAUGGUUUAUUGUAUUGGCUAGUUUUUAUUACUAAACUGGAACAAGGAUAGUAAUUGGUUUGCAUCAUUGUAUUCACACCUCAUUGAAACUUGAAUGAGAUUGAGCAGAAGCAUCCAAGUGUUCGUAUGGCGAUGCUUUUAAUUUCUCCUCUCCUUUCUGGGCCACAGACCUCAUGUACAGAUGUAGAAGUGCUUUCGAAUGAAUUAUACCAGCAGUCCAUCUAUCUUGUAUACUUUGUAAGUGGCCCCUUGGGAAACAUAUAUUCAACCACUGACCUAUGUAGAAAUAUUUCAUGUAGCAUAUAUAAUUUAUGUUAGAUGCUUAUGUCACAAUAGUGCAAUUGAUGGUGUAGAAUCUGGCUUGGUUUUUGUUGAUUUUUUAAACUGACACUUAUUAGAAGGAAGAUAACAAUGAAGGAGUAAAUGCUGUACUGACAUACCUCAGUUAAUGAUGUCUGUGUGUUCCUGGGCAUUCGUUUUUUAACAGAAAAUUUGGUAUCAGAGAUAAAAAAAAAACAAAAUGGAAAGAAUGGGGAUAGGUUAUUAUACCAGAAAAAAGAGUAGUUCAACGUGUUUCAGCAAUUUUUAUAUCUAAACUUAACAUGCUCAAGUGAAAUGAAAUGAUCAGAUCAGGGAAUAUUUAUAUCAGUAACCAUUUUUUUGAACCACUUAGAGAUAAAUUGAAAGUUCUCCCAAAAUUCAUCCAGGGAUGAUUUUUUUUCCAUUUACCAGUCUCCACUCUUCAUUUUGGUAUAUUUGAAAAGAUCUAUGCUUCUUUAAUAUGUUGCAAUCCAUCACUGAAAGGCUCCUCCACCAUCUUCUCAGUGUUGAUGCUGCUAAAAGAAGUCUAGUUAGAGAACAAGGACUAAAAACAACUUUUGCAAAAAGGAGCUUCUUUGUCAGCAGCUUAAUUAACUGAGGUGUGCCUGCACUGCAGACAUUAAAUUAUGAAGACACAAACUCAUUUUUGUUACAUUUUUGCUGUGUUUAAAAUAAUUUUAUAUAAAUUACUGUGAAAAUUUAAGCACUUUAAAAUAAUAAAACUACUUGUGUUGGCAA